GCUUCUACGCUGGCUGUGACCGCAACCUGGGUCAUUCUGCUCUUCAUGGCUAUGAUGUUCUUCAAAGGCUUCGCAUCAUACGCCACCUGCCGUGCCAAACCCCGUCGACCUCAAGCCCCAACUACGCAGGAGUACUAUGGGCAUCAUGAACGGCAUCGGAGCCCAUGGCCGGAUUCUUCCUCUCCGAACUUUGUGCCGAUGGUUUAUCAUCACUGGGGACGGAAGUAUAGAAGAGUGGCGUAACGUAUUCUACCUCGCUGCAGUGAUCAUGGUAGUCUUCUCCAUCCCUUACCUGUUCUUCGGUUCCGGAGAGGAGCAACCCUGGAACAACGAGAUGUCACAGACACUGGAGAACUCGGCCAACUCCCACCCCAAGCACGACGAGAACCAGGAGACCAAGACGUGACCGGAGACAGUAUAGUAGUCAGAGAUCAGCUGAUUCUGCAACCGUUUUCACCAGCGGUAUUGUACAGAUGGAUCUAUCCAAGUGGACACCAUGUCUGAUGUGAUGUAUCGUGGGCUAAAAUUACAGUAGUGUAGUGUUGUUAACUACUGUAAAUAUAUUUUUGUAAUAAAAAUGUAUUUUUCCAAAAA